UAGAUUAGAAACUGGCCAGCAGAAGGUUAGAGCUGCUUUCAUGCUCUUCCUAUACACUCUAUUCGGUUCACUCUUUAUGCUAGUUUCAUUUAUAACUAUUUACUUGGCUAGCGGGUCAACGGACAUUUUGGUUCUAUCUCAUAUGUACAUCGAGCCUUCUGCACAGCGACUACUCUGGUUAGGCAUCUUCCUAGCAUUAGCAAUUAAAACUCCAUUGCUUCCUCUCCACAUUUGGCUGCCUCUUGCUCACACCGAAGCUCCGUUAGCGGGCUCAAUACUUUUAGCUGCCCUAGUGUUAAAAAUGCCCAUCUACGCUUUUCUCCGUAUCUUGUUACCCAUUCUACCUGAUGGUUCUCACUACUUUACCCCGCUGGUCUACACUCUUUGUGUAAUAAGCAUAGUUUACUCUUGUUUCAGUACGCUUCGGCAAAUCAACUUAAAGAGUAUCGUUGCCUACUCAUCCAUUGGGCAUCUUGCAAUAUGUGUUUUAGGAGUAUUCUCUAAUAGUGUACAGGGUAUCGAGGGUGGAAUCUACCUUGGGUUGGGUCAUGGUCUUGUUUCUCCGGCGCUCUUCAUCUGUGUUGGGAUUCUCUAUGAUCGCUAUCAUAGCUUAAUAAUUCACUACUACAGAGGCGUAGCUGCCAUGAAGCCGGUUUUCGCGUUCCUCUUCUUUAUCUUCAUCUUGGCGAAUAUGGCCGCACCCCUAACAGCCAACUUCAUUGGGGAGUUCCUUUGUUUUCUUGGGUCGUUCCAUCGCAACCCUGCCGCAACUCUCUUGGCCACCUCGUCGGUGGUCCUCGUGGCAAGUUACUCUAUUUGGCUCUAUAAUCGUGUUUGCUUCGGGUCAUUCUCCCCAUAUCUUAAACCACUCUCGGACCUUAACCGGCGAGAGUUUUAUGUUCUGCUGCCUCUCUUAGUGCUUACCAUUCUCUUAGGAAUUAUCUCGAAUAUCGUCCUAGAUUGCUUGCAUGUGCCA